CAAGCAAGCUGCGCCCAAAGUCCUUGCAAAAUCCUUUGCUCUUAUUGUAUCCCAAAAACGGGGAUUGCUUAACAUGCACAUGAGGUUAAUUCUUUUUUCUUUCUCAGUAAUAGAUUUAAAUGUGCAAUUAAUUGUCUGAUGUGUAUUAUGUCAUGUGCCAUUGAUAAUCUUUGAACAUGCACUGUUGCCUGCAUGUUUAUCUAAGUCAUACUAAUUUAUAGAUAUAUGACAGCUUUUGAGAUCUAAAAUAUUUUUAUUAUCAAUAACAGUUUACAUAGGGGGGUGGCUGUAUAGACUGCAAGAGUUGUUAGUAAUUUUAAAUGACCUUUAAAAAGUCCACUUCAUAACCAUCUAACUGAGGGAGAUUAUUGAUCAAGAGCAGAACAAAGUUCAUCAACAGUUGACUCUAACUUUCUGGCCAAUCUUGGGCUUAGAGGCGGGGGAUAGAAUAAAUGCAAGAUGAUACAUAUGCGCUUCAGUUCCUCGGAGGAGAAACCGAGGUCGGUUCGGAGUUUUUUAGCAGGCAGGAGAGCAUUUCGCAAAAAUGGUUUCCCUAAAAUCUCCGUCCCUGAUGCCGGUGACGCGCGCGGAGGCGCUGCUCGCUCUGAGCUGCCUGGCUGUCGUUCUCCUCGCAUUCCUGCUGGUGCGCCAGCUCGUCAAGCAGAGGAGACCCCCUGGGUUUCCUCCCGGUCCAUCUCCCAUUCCAAUCAUAGGAAACAUUUUUUCUCUCGCCACUGAGCCGCACGUCUUUCUCAAGAGGCAAAGCGAAGUUCACGGGCAGAUUUUCAGUCUUGACCUGGGAGGCAUAAUGACCGUGGUAUUAAAUGGUUAUGAUUGUGUAAAAGAAUGCCUUUAUCACCAGAGUGAGGUUUUUGCUGAUCGCCCUUCUCUGCCACUAUUUCAUAAAAUGACCAAAAUGGGUGGUCUUCUAAACUGUAAGUACGGGAAAGGCUGGAUUGAUCAUCGCAAGCUGGCCUGCAACUCUUUCCGUUACUAUGGCAGCAGCCAGAAACUGUUUGAGCGAAGAAUCACAGAAGAGUGCAUGUUCUUAGUUGAUUCUAUUGACAAAUACAAGGGGAAACCCUUCAACCCAAAACACCUUGUAACCAACGCCGUGUCAAACAUCACCAAUCUGAUCAUCUUUGGCCAGCGUUUCACCUACGAUGACAGCAACUUCCAGCAUAUGAUUGAGAUCUUCAGUGAGAACGUGGAGCUGGCUGUCAGCGGCUGGGCUCUCCUCUACAACGCUUUUCCAUGGAUUGAAUAUCUGCCCUUUGGAAAACACCAGAAGCUGUUCCACAAUGCUGCUGAGGUGUACGACUUCCUGCAGAAGGUUAUAAUAGGAUUUUCCCAAGGCAGGGUGCCCCAUGCACCACGGCACUAUGUUGAUGCCUAUUUGGACGAGUUGGAGCAGAACGCAGGAGAUCCCAGGAGUUCUUUUACUUAUGAGAACCUCAUCUAUUCCGUGGGGGAGCUCAUUAUCGCCGGCACAGAGACCACAACCAACACCCUGCGUUGGGCUAUGCUGUACAUGGCCCUUUACCCCAACAUACAAGAGAGGGUGCACAGAGAGAUCGACAGUGUGCUGACCAAUGGGAGGCCACCUUCUCUCGAGGACAAGCACAGGAUGCCCUACGUGGAGGCUGUUCUGCAUGAGAUCCUUCGCUUCUGCAACAUUGUGCCUCUUGGUAUCUUCCGAGCCACCUCCCAGGAUGCAAAAGUCAAUGGGUACACGAUUCCUAAAGGAACCAUGGUGAUCACAAACCUCUACUCAGUGCACUUUGAUGAGAAGUACUGGAGCGAACCAGGAGUCUUCUUACCAGAAAGGUUUCUGGACAACAGUGGCAAUUUCAUAAGGCGUGAGGCCUUCCUUCCGUUCUCGUUAGGGAGGCGUCACUGUGUGGGUGAGCAGCUGGCCCGAAUGGAAAUGUUCCUAUUUUUUACCACAUUGCUGCAGAGGUUUCAUCUUCAGUUCCCUCCACGAACCGUUCCAACUGUAACUCCCAAACUUGGAAUGACCCUACAGCCCAAACCUUACUCCAUUUGUGCUAUCCGCAGGCAGCAGAGGUUUCAAUGCUCUGAAGGCACUCCUUACCACAAGUAGGUUCGUCAGCUGCAGUGCACAGAAUCACCUGUGCAUAUUCAUCUUCUAAAAGGACUUUUGGUGAUCCAUAUGCCCACUGACAUCUUAACACAACAAUCGGUUUAUUCAAGUGAUAUAUAUAUUUUUUUAUAAGCAUAUAUGCAUGUUUGCACAGUACUUUUGACCAGCCGGGGAGGCACUAGGAGCUGAAUGGACAUCCUGGGAGCACGGAUGGGCUAUUGAUUUAAUUCCCUGAGCUCCUGCAACCAGAAACGAAAUGCCUGUGAACCUUGGCGCAGCGGCGAUGGUUUAGGUCAAUGAUUUAUAUUAUGUACACCAAUGAUGGGUCAUAUCACUGAUGUUGUAGGACAGCUUUGGAGAAAUUAAUGACACCAGCUAUUCAUACAGCAUUUGUCUGGCCAAAUGGGACUAACGGACUUUCCAAGAAAGUUCUGAACUGUGUAUUGGAAUUGGCUUUAGACCAAGAUUUACGUCAUCUGGACUGACUCUGAACCUUUCUCCAGGGAUAGUGCUAUGUGGAAAAUCUUUCUCUUAGAAAGCAAAUGCAACCCUGAUGGAUUUCUAGAAACUGACUUUGCAAUACUGGUUUUUGAUAAAUGGUGCUUAUCAGUACUAAUAAUGUACUGUGUUUAUAUGUAACAUGUUUGUUGUAUUUUUGGAAUCCUGGCAGUGUACAUGUUUAUUUUUUUGUGUGUAUUCAUAAACUUGCUCUUCCUUUUCUUUCAAAAAUGUUAUUCUUAAAUGCUAUUUUUUCCCAAAUGAGCCUUUGUGUUAUUCAUAAUUCUAUGUUAUUAUUAAUUUAACAACUCCAACUAUUCUGAUGCGUCACUAGCAGAAAUAUUUCACAGAAUGUAACCUGAAGAAAACUCAAUAAUCUUCGGGCUCACGUUGUCUGAGAAAAAAAAAAAAAUCUUCUUUAACUUGAAGUGACAAAGUUACUGUUCAGUGCAAACUGUUUCUAGAAUCUAAUACUUAAUAGAUGUGUUGCUUGAAAUAUAUACUGGGACACCUAAAUACAGUUUGACUAGGAAUGUUAAUAACUUAAUAGAAUGAAAAGACAUAAAAGACUACAACUAGACUUCAUAAGCAUCAAAAGGCCAACUUCAAAUUGCUUCUUAGAUCUUUCUCCAAUCAGAGGUAGACAGGCAAGAUGCAAAGCACUGAAUAAUUACCUGAAUCACAGAUGCAAAUUACAGAUGUUUGCAGACAGUAUGUUAUGAUCCUUGUUACCAAACUACCUUAAGUAUGCCUGACACACAGGUCAGGGUUCAUACAUCAGACAACACAGGCUCAGGUUUGACUACGGUAGUCAUCCACUGUACUAAUAUGAAGCUAAGAAAACAUGACCUCUGUUGAACUUUUCAAUUUUACCUAAUAGCUAACGUUUGGCUGUGACAUGUAAUGUAGCAGUCAACAAAAUGAAGCUUACCAGAAAUUGCCUAAAAAAUAAAUAAAAUUUUCUAUGAUUUGUCUUAAGGAUCAGAAUAAUAAUUUUCCUGUGAUUAGCAUUGUUUAUCUUAACAUUGCAGCACAGUUAAGUACUGCAGGAUGUUAGAAAAGCAGACUUUUAAAAUUCUGGUUACUGCUUGCAAAGCUGUGGAGUAGCCUGUGAACUGUUUGUACAUUGCCAUGUGAAUACCAGUUAGAAAAAUAUUGUUGAGAGUGAGCUGUAGUUGUGAAUAUUAGCGUUGUUAAGGACGUUGCUUUAACAUUGGUGGUUCUUAGCCACCAUAAUAACAGUAUUGUAUGCUGGCAGUGUUCACUGUAUAAAGAAUCAGCACAACACAACUGAUGACCUAUAAAUAUGAAGUAUUUUAAAGUAGUACUUAAUGAAAUAUUUCCAAACAGACUUCCUGGAGCUGGUUCUGAUAUCCUUUGAUUCAUGUUCCACCUUUUAUAACCACAUUAUGCACCAAAGUGGUGAUAAAGAAUAUUUAACACAUCUUUUUCAAACAUCUUUCAUAUAUUUUGGAUGCCUAUUUUUUUUUUUUUACUACAAAAAUGAAGUCAUUCCACAAAACAACUCCAAAACUCAAUUUUUUUUAGCUGCCUUAAGAACUGACUGUCAUUUCAUUAAUGCUCAGUUGAAAAAAAUCAAGUUAACAUGAAUAUGUUUUUCUCAAUUUACAUAAAACACAAUUACAAAUGUCAAGAACUAAAGAAAUGUAUCAUCAAGAAAUUGAAAGAAAGCAGCAAACCACGGAACAAGUUUGGCAGAGUGUGGAGGUGAAAGAGCCUGUAAUGAAAAUUAGUGACAGAUGUGUCUAAAGACCCUACAACAUCUGCCAAGACAGAAAUGAAUGACUUAACCUCAAUGAAAACUAUUGCUAAAGCUUUGCACAGAAAUGAACUGCAGUCCAGGAAGAAUUCCACCUUUGUAGGAAAAACACCUUCAAACCAAACUGCAUCUUCCUAAGAACAUCAAAGAGAAAGAUUAUCCAUUCCCGAAAAAAGUCCUUAGAAAGGAUACGACAAAACCACAGGUCUUUGGCUACAGACACUGCUUGUUCGGAGAAAGAAGGAAGAGCUCUACACACCAAAAAGCACUGGCCCAAAUGUAAAAUCUGGUUGUUGCAACUGGGAAUCAUGCCGAGUUAAAAUCAAUCAAAGAAAGAUAUGUGAAAAUUUUACAAGAAAAGGUAUUAUCAAAACUGGGUCUAGUCUUUGCUUUGUGUUCCCAACAUGACAUUAACUCAAAAUAUUAUCUGCUGCUGGUGAUAGAAAUACAUCAUGAAGACCAAAGUAAAUGCUAUUAACAGACCUGGUCAAAACCCUGACUUACGUGACUGUGGGGGUGACCUGAAGAUAAAGGUCAAUCUCAG